AUGGCAAUCCCACUUAGUCUCGUCGUUGCGCUAGCACUCUGCUUGGUCGGCUCACAGGCUGCACCAUUCAUACCCUCGUCAGAAAUCAGUGUAAAGGCUGCUCAAGGUCUACGCCUCAUAGAACUUGGCGAAGGCUUGCAACCAGUGUGGAAAACGGAAGAUGAGAAGGAAGAGCUUAUUCGGUCGCAGACGCGAUUCUUCGAUGUUACAGAUACAUACGAGCUCUCCCAAAAGAUAUCGAACUUCAAAGUACAAUCUGCAGAAAUUUCUUACGGCGAACUGUCUCAGCAAUCUAUCGUCACGGAUGCGAUCGCCACCAUUUCGCUAUCAAACAUGCAAACCAACCUAGGAACGUUGACGAGCUUCAAUAAUCGCUACUACAGAUCAUCGACCGGUGCCGAUGCCUCCACCUGGAUCCUCAACACCGUCCGAACCAUCGCCGCUGGAAAAUCCGGUAUCACCGCGUCGGCCUUCACCCACUCCUGGGCUCAAAGUUCCACCAUCGUCCGCUUCGCGGGCAAGAACAGCUCAGCGCCAGUGACGAUUCUCGGUGCACACAUGGACUCCGUUAACGGAGGCAGCCCAAUGAACGGACGCGCACCGGGAGCCGACGACGAUGGGUCCGGCACGGUCAAUUUGCUGGAGGCGUUCAGAGUUCUCGUCAGCAAAGGGUUCGCACCGGCAACUCCAGUGGAGUUUCACUGGUACUCGGGCGAGGAGGGUGGAUUACUCGGAUCGAACGCAAUCGCCACAAGGUACAAGGCAGAUGGCGUAAAGGUGAAAGGCGCGCUACAGCUUGACAUGACAGCCUAUACGCCCCCGGGUGUUACUCCAGUAACUGCACUGAUGACCGACUUCACUGAUCCCGCCUUGAGUGACUUCGUUGCCAACCUCGUACAGGCUUACACUACCCUCGGUGUUGUCCGAGAUAAGUGCGGUUAUGGGUGCUCAGACCACGCCUCUUGGAACAGGAAUGGUUACCCGUCUGCGUUCUCGUUCGAAGCGCGCUUCAGCCAAGACAAUCCAGCCAUCCAUAGCUCAAGCGACACGACGACGGCUACGGGCUUCUCUUGGUCGCAUACCCUUGAGUUUACGAAGCUCGCCGUCGCUUUUGCAUAUGAGAUGGCGGGGUGA